AUGGUGUACCAACCCAACAUCCCGCCCUUUGCAACCCGCCCUCGUAUGCAACAUGCCUGGGUCCCUGGACUCACCAGUUUAGCCCACCACCUCAGCAGUAAUUUCGACCUCUCUACGCUGCUGCUCGUGGGAGCAUCUCUGCAGUCGCUUCUCGUCCUCGCUCUCCGCAGCAAAUACGCCUUCCUGCCCUCGUUCCUCAUCCUCUUGUUCCGCAUCACCGACGCCCUCCUCAUCACCUUCCGAUUCAAGCCCAACCCAUACCUCCAAGACGCAUUCAUCGGACGCCGCACGGCGCUCCUCCCCGACGCCGACGGCCAGAUCACCGGCCCCGGCAAGCGCAAGGUCGUCAUCCUCCUGCUCGGCGCCAAAUCCAACCACCCGCUCGGCAUCUUUGCGCCCGAAUUCAAGAAAAUGGGCGGCUUCCUGUCCAGGAUGAACAAGCUGUUUGACUCACCUGACGCGCCAGAGGGCCUCCUGGGCCAGACGUCCUUUGACCGCCGAGACGAGCGCGGCGCCCGCGAGUUUGUCUUCAUCAGCUACUGGAACAGCAUCCAGGACCUGCACGCGUUUGCGCACACGGGUCUGCACAGGGAGACGUGGCUGUGGUGGGAGAAGGAUCUCAAGCAGAGGGACUAUGUGGGGAUCAAUCACGAGAUCUAUGAGGCUGAGGCUAGGGCGUGGGAGAACGUCUAUGUCAACUUCCAGCCCACCGGGCUGGGGGCAACGACGUUCUUGAAGCGGGGUGACAAGGUCCUGGGUGGGGUGGUGCAGCAUGAAUUCAUCCAUCCUCUGGUCGAUGCUCGAAGGGGGAAAUUGGCGAAGAGUUCGGGGAGGUUGGGAUGGGAUGCCACACAGCAUGAUAGGGAGAGGCCAGCGGCGGAGGCUUACGGUACUGACGACGCUUAG